CCGCGACUUGCAUUUAAUCCGAACGGUUCUCCAAACAACACAAAAAGUAUCUCCUCUACUUAACGACACAUCUGAAGAAAAAGCUUCAUCUCGGAUGAAAAUUUAAAUUCAGAUAAAUUACAUUUAGAUCGAAAAAUAAAACGAAUAAAUUAAAUUUAACGGAUAUCGUGUGUGGAUUUUGAAUACAAAAGUGCUAAAAAGGCACUUCUGAAGCAAUGAGGUUCCUGAUACUUUUCCUAGUGCUUGUGGGCACUAUCAGUUGGAGUGAUGCUUACACCUAUGGACGAUCCCACUCUUACCAAAGUUCCAGUUCUAGUUCCAGUUCUGGUUUGUCGCCAUGGGCACAACAACACAAAGAUGUUGUCAGCUUGAUGGCUAACGCAUUGAGACAAGCUUAUAAUUCAGCUUCUCGGGGACAUGCUGCAAGGUAUACCAAUCAGGCGUGGAGUGAAAACUUCGCAAACUCGAUUGGCAAGAGUGCUUCGGAAAUCAAUUCUGUGACGCAAAAGCUCUGCAAUCAAAUAAUCGCUGAUAUGCAUUCUGGUCGACUUACCUAUGGACAAGUUGCUCAACCCAACUUCUUCGAGGCCAAGGCUUCUGCAGCAUUGGAAAAGCUAGCUGAAGACUCAGAGUAUGUGGACAAUCAACAAAGACAAGUUGAUGUCUUCGAACCUGGCCUACCGUCAGUUGUGUCUGCUGUUGAUCUGAGCAAGUUUGAUGAUGUCAAACAUUACAGUUUCCCAACUGAAGUCAAAGUUAUCAAUGGUCAAACUAUUGUAACCAACAAGAACUGCACCACAGCAACUACCCGUGGUGGAACUGAGAUGAAUCCAAUUGUGAGGACAGUUCGUGUGAAUAGGACAACAACACACUCAACCGUUCCGUUUUAUGUGUCCCAAGGCAAUCCGUUUUUCAACCGUCAAGAACACAGCAUCUAUAGGCAUUUGGAAAAUCAGGAAGGAACCGUUCCCAAUUACUCACCGCAGGUGACAAUCGAUGACAGUUUAAGCACUGGAAUGAACCAAGCAGGCACUUAUUAUACUCCACCAAUUGUAAUUCCUGUGGAAGGAAGCGAUAUGCAUGAGCCCAUUGGAAUUGGCAACCAAUAUGGAAUCCGUCCAGGUUCAACUGUGACAGUGAAGAAAUUCAACCAAAAAGUUAUCACCGGAUCAGAUGGAAUUCCUAUGGUGAGCGGAAGUCGAAGUGAAUCAGUUUGGGACAAUGGACAGUUGGUGUACAACUAUAACGCUCCAUUUGGAAGGAACGCUUGGACCAGGGACGAUAUGUGGAAGCGUGAGGAACGUGAAAAACUGUUCUGGGCAUUCCAAGAUGAAAUCAUAAGUAUCGAAGAUCUUGAGGAGUGGCAACAAAACCAAGAGGAUCGUUUAUCGGCACUCGCUUACAGGUCAAAUGUCACCUUGGAAGAGGUCAAAGACUGGCAAAGACACGAGUUGGACCGUUACAAGGCAUUGGUGAGUCAAUACAGCACAGGAAACUCAAAUCUUCUCGAUUGGCAGAGGCGUGAGCAAGGUCGAAUUGACUGGCUCAUCCAUCAGAAUGGAAUUAACCGUGAAGACUUAGAACGAUGGCAGAAGGAGUACAACCAAAAACUCGUGACUUUGGCCAGAAAGUACCAGAUCACCAUUGAAGAACUCAAGGCUUACCACCGUCAGGAGCUAAAUCGACUUCAUAUAAUCUUCAAUCAACAGAACUCUCAAAUAAGUAAUGUUGCACAAAGUAAUUUGCAUGUUCUUCAAAAGCAGCAGAGUGAUCGUCUGAACCAAAUUUUGAUGCAACACAAUUCCACCGUUGAUCAGCUGCGAGAGCAAAUUCGACGUGACCAGGACCGCUACAAGUCUUUGGCUGAACAGUACCAAAUUAGUGUCAAGGACCAGGAGGCAUUCUUUAAGAAUGAACUGGAGCGCUUGACAAAACAGUUCAAUGAACAACAGGCAGAGAUGAAGAAGGCUAACGAAUGGCAACAAUCGGAGAGGAAACGAUUAGAAGACAUUAUCCGCCAUCAUAAUUUGACUGUGGCUGAACUAGAACAAGGAAUCAAUAUGGAUCGAAGCUAUCUUCAGAAUUUGGCUCAAAAAUAUCAUAUCAGCUUGGAAGAGUUGGAAAAAUGGCAAAGAACUGAGCUUGACAGACUUCACAGCACCGGAAAUCUAAAUCUUCAAAAAGAGUUCGAAAAUUGGCAGCGCGAGGAAAGGGCUCGAAUGCUCGGAAUCAUUAAGAAAAACGAUCUUACCAUUGAAGAAUAUCAAUCGAAGAUAAGAAAUGAUCGUGCUAGAAUCGAACAACUAGCAACAACCUAUCAGGUGCAAGUUGAAGAGAUUGAGAAGUGGCUCAAGGAAGAGGCCCAGAGGUUGAAGAAUGAAGGUGUAUUCUCCGAAGUGCAGAAGAAUCUAACCAUGUGGCAACAACAGGAACGUGACCGAUUGCAAGCGAUCGUGCAAAAUAAUGAACUAACAAUUGAAGAACUUCAGAACAAAAUCAACCAGGAUCAAAGCCGACUCUACACUUUGGCCAAUACUUAUCAAGUGAGAGUUGAAGAAGUCGAAGAUUGGUUAAAGAAGGAAAUUCUUCGAUUGCAAAGUGCAGGCUUAGUGAAGGCCGAGGACUUACAGGGUUGGCAAAAAGCCGAGAGAGAGAAAAUACUUCAAUUGAUUGAAGCCAAUAAGCUUACUGUUGAAGAUUACGAAAAGAAACUGUUGAAUGAUAAAACAUAUUUGCAACAAUUGGCAACGCAGUAUCAUGUCGAGUUGAAAGACAUCGAAACAUGGUUGCGAAAAGAAUCUGAUCGUUUGCAGAGCUUGGGCUUAAUUGAAGAAGAGAAACUAACUGAAUGGCAAAAGAUUGAACGAGAGCGUCUAUUGGGUCUUGUCCAAAAGAACGAAUUAUCAAUUGAAGACAUUGAAAAGAAGAUAAAGGCCGAUCAAGUCCAUCUUUAUUCCCUGGCUCAUCGGUACUCAGUACGCGUUGAAGAAAUUGAAGAAUGGCUAAAGAAGGAGGUGUUGCGUCUUCAAAAUAAACAAACACUGGAAUCAGAGAGUUUGAAAGAUUGGCAAAGGGCUGAACGCGAUCGUAUUAUGAUGUUGGUGAAGCAAAAUGAUCUUACUAUCGAUGAAUUCCUUCAAAAGAUCAAAAUCGAUCGAGUGUAUCUUCAGCAAUUAGCCCAGAACUAUAAUGUACGAAUCGAAGAAAUUGAAGAAUGGGCUAGGAAUGAAGGAACCCGACUCGAGACUCUUGGUUUGAUUAAGCCGAAUGCAGCUUUGACCGAGUGGCAAGAGGUCGAACGUGACCAUGUUCUUCAAGUGGUACAAGGAGGUGAUCAGCUAUCAUUGGAUGAACUGGAAGAACGCCUACAAAAUGACCGUUUGCAUCUCUUUAAUGUGGCUCAAGAGUAUCAAGUGCAGGUCCAAGACAUCGAGGAAUGGAUCAAGAAGGAACUUCAACGUCUGCAAAACCAAGGACUUGUUCAAAUUGAACAGCUCAAAGAAUGGCAACAGAAAGAACGUCAACAUUUGGCCACGUUGGUUGCCCAGCAACAAGACGGGCUCUCAGUGGAUGAAAUUGAGCGUCAACUGAAGGCCGAUCGUCAGCGAUUACAAAAAUUGGCUCACCAAAAUAACGUUCAGGUUAGAGAAGUGGAGGAGUGGAUUCACAAGGAACUGGCACGCAUGCAAGCUCAAGGAAAUGCAACAAUCGAGAACCUUACCGAAUGGCAGAAGAAGGAACUCGACCAUUUGUUGCUCGUUGCUCGUCAACACAGCGAUUUGACUGCAGCAGAAUUAGAGAAGGAGCUUCAAGCUGAUCAAAGUCACUUGUAUGACCUUUCUCAGCAUUAUCAUAUUGAAGUUGAAGAAGUAGAAGAAUUCAUAAGAAAGCAGAUUCAAAAGCUUCGCGAGCAGGGACAGUUGCAUAUUGAAAACCUCACCACCUGGCAAAUUGAAGAACGCAACCGGCUUGAGCAACUUAUUCGCCAGCAAUCACAGUUGAGCAUUGAAGAUGUUGAAAAACAACUCAUGGUCGAUCGUUAUCGCUUGCAGCAGCUGGCUUCGAAGUAUCACAUCCAAGUUGAAGAAGUCGAGUCAUGGAUCCGAAAAGAAGCUGAUAGGCUGAGGAAUCAAGGUGAGCUUCAGAUUGGGAGCUUAACCGCUUGGCAGGCAAACGAAAGGAAGCGAAUUCAAGAACUUAUUCAAGAGAAUAGCCACGUUACCAUUGAAGAUCUAGAGUGGCAAUUAAAGAUGGAUCAGAAUAAGAUUCAGCAGUUAGCUAGUCAAUACCAUAUUAGUGUGGAAGAAGUCGAGCAAUGGAUAAAGAAAGAGCUUCAACGCUUGAGGGAUGAGGGAAAAUUGGAAAUUGAACAUCUGAAUGCUUGGCAGAAAUCCGAAAAAGAUCGUCUACUUCUUCUAGCACAGCAACAGAGUGAGUUGACGUUGUUUGAAUUUGAGGAAAAGCUCAAGGCUGACCGUAGACGUUUGGAGCUUUUAGCUCAACAAUAUCACAUUUCUGUUCAAGAAAUCGAAGAAUGGAUAAGAAAGGAAGCCGAACGUCUAGAGAACCAAGGAAUUAUUGGAAAUUUGGAAGAUUGGCAGAAAUUGGAACGUUCAAGAAUCCACAACAUGCUCCAACAAUCCAACUUGACAAUUGAAGAAUUCCAAGAAGAAUUGAAGAGAGAUUACAGUCGCCUUCAAAGUCUUGCAAAUACGUACCACACAACCGUUGAAGAAGUCCAGGAAUGGAUUCUUAAAGAGGGUAGUCGACAAAUCCAACCAGAAACCCUUACAAUUUGGCAAAUCAAUGAGAAAAAGCGCUUGGAGAAUUUGAUUAAUGGUGAAAACCUUAGUUUGGAGGAAUUGGAGAGGACUAUCAAGAAUGAAAGAAGUCGAAUCCAACAAAUAGCUCUUCACUACCAUAUUACAGUUGAAGAAAUUGAAGAGUUCAUCAGGAAGGAGGGACAACGUUUGAUUCAACCUGCAUACUUAACUGGAUGGCAAUUGGAUGAACACCAACGUAUUCUAGAACAAAUUGGUCAGCCACAGAGUCUUACUCUUGAAAAAUUGGAAGAACAAAUCAAUGGUCAACAAUACCGUUUGCAACAAGUUGCCCAACAAUAUCAUAUCACUGUUGAAGAAAUCGAAGAAUGGAUCAGAAGGGAAGGAAGACGUUUGAUUAAGCCUGUCUAUCCGAUCUCUGAAGGCCAUUUGAAUCCUUGGCAACAACACGAGCGCGAAUAUUUACUCGCCCUGGUUCGCAAUAACCACAUAACAAAGAAGACCAACUUUGAAGAUCGCCUGGCUGAGGAUAACAUGAGAAUGUCAAAUGUUGCCUAUCACUUCCACAUAACUGUUGAUGAUAUUGAAGAUUUCCUGAGGAAGGAAUAUCAGCGCCUGGAUAGUUUAAAUCUUAUUUCCGAAGGUGAAAAUACUGUAAAUACGGUCGAGGCAGUCCAAUGGCAAGGUCCUGAACAACAACAUAUCGAACACCUUCUUCAGGAGCACACAUGGUCAAUUGAAGAGCUCGAAAGGGAAUUGAAAAAUGAUAACGAACACCUUCAGCAACUAGCCGACCAAUACCAUGUGACGGUCAACGAAAUUGAAGAAUGGUACCGCUCUGAGUUACAAAAACUGCUUCAAAAGAAGAGAUUGCAAUCGGAAAAUCUCACAGACUGGCAAAAGCGUGAAAAGAAUCGCCUCUACACGACUAUUGUCCACCAACAGAUAAGCAUCGAGGAACUUCAAAACCAAUUGGAGCGGGACAAUGACAUUUUGAGACGUCUUGCUGCCCAGUAUCGAGUAACAAUUGACGAACUGAUCAAUUGGCAGCGAAAGGAAGUUGGCCGUUUGGCUAAUCUUGGAUAUGGCAAACCAACUGAGGCCAGUGGUUUAAAUAAUUGGCAAGCAAUCGAGAGAAAACGACUUCGAGCAAUUCCUCCAAUGGUUCUCAUAACUAGGGAGGAACUUUUGCAGUUCAUUCAAUCGGACAGGUUGUUCCAGAAUAAUUUGACAGCUAAGUACGAAGUGUCUCCACAGGAACUCUUCACGUUCCAAGGACAAGAGUUGCAAGUAAUGGAGAAUGAGGGAGCUCUAGAGAAGUUGAAUUUGAAGCAUCUUGAAGAGUGGCAACGUCGGGAACGUGAUCGCCUCUAUAAUCUAAUUCACACUCAGAGCUUCAGCUCAAGAAGCCUACCCCAAUGGCAGACUAAUGAUAAAAUAGUCUCAAUUGCAUCGUUGUACAAUCUUCCAGCAAAUACACUGAAGAACUGGCAAAAGGAAGAGAUGCAGCGAAUUGAGAACAUUGCGAAGCAUUACAAAAUGAGUCUAGUCGUGCUGGAGGACUUCAGACGAAGAGAGAUCGAAAGAUUGGAAAUGGUUGCCCAUAAAGAUUACGUUGGCGAAGAAGAGUAUGCCAAGUGGUAUAAGCGGGAAUUGGUACGUUGCAGCAAUUUGGGGCAACGAACUGGAUUGUCUGGUGGCCAAUUGGACAAAUGGCGUAGGAAAUUGUAUCUGCUAGCACAGGGUCUUAUCGAUUUGGACUUCAACGAGGGCGGAUAUGGAGGAAUUGAAUUAAGCACUACUACCUCAGCUUCGGGUAAACGCAACGAGACCAUUAGCAGUGAUCGGGGAGAUCAGCCACCACAGGUCUAUCACGAGUCAGAUGAAUCCGAACCAAACUUGGGAUACCAUACCGAUACCAUGCCACCAAAGCUGUCUUCUUCAUUCCAAGCACCACCAACUUACCUUCCACCCAAGGAAAAUAAGCCAGAGUAUGGUGGCCAACGAUACGGCGGCGGCGGUAACCCAUCAUCCUACAGCCCUCCCCAAACUGUUGGCAGCGAAUACAAUCAACGCAUUCAUCGAAGAAAAGAAUACACCUUCACUCAACCCGAACAAAUGAACUCGGACCGGUACGCCUUAGGUCGUGGGUCGCAUUCCUACAGUCACAUGCAAACUAACCCAACACUCUACCAAAACGAGGCUGAUGUAGGUCAACAGGCCCAAGUCGAUGUUUCAUCGGAGUUUGCCGGUCAGAAGAGUGAGAAAAUGGAAGACUACGAUCAACAACAACAACAAGAAUAUGACUUGGGUCAGCAAGAAGUACAGAAAUUCGAAGAUUUGACAGCUGAAGAAAUCGGAGGACAACAAGUCCAACAAGAGACCUAUCAUCCAGCUGAAGUAGAGAGAAUUUCUAACGGUCAGAAGCCAUUGGGAUUGGGACACAAUUCCGAGAAUGUUGCUACAGUGAUGGAUGACAGCACAGCACCAGAAAAAAUUGUUGUUGCUGCUGUUGAACCUGCCACCACUGAGAAGCCAAAAACAAUAUGGGGUAAAGCUAAAUCUUGGUUUGGUUAAGCUACAAAAGUCAUCACCUAUGUAUUGCUACAAAUCGAUUUUGUUUGUUAAAAAAAUGCUAACCAUAAAAAUUUUCCUAUAAUGAAUUGUAAAUUGACUGACAGUAAUUUUGUCAAGACUUAAUGCCAUAAUAUUUUCUUUUUGAUACUAAUUGUAAUUGUUGCUAACGAUAGAAAAUGUAGUUUUUAUAUAUAAUAUUAUAAUUACAUAAUAUAUUAUUUUAAGGCUCUA